GUCAUGACCGAUGUUAAAAAUGAUGUGAACGUAUCUUCGGUGGUCGAUGCCGACGGCUUGAUCGAGGGAAACUAUGAUCAAGUCGUCGAAUCUUUCGACGACAUGGAGCUCAAGGAGGAGCUUCUUCGCGGAAUCUACGGAUUCGGUUUCGAAAAGCCAUCUGCUAUUCAAAAGCGCGCAAUUGUUCCAUGCACCACUGGAAAGGACGUCAUCGCUCAAGCCCAAUCUGGAACUGGAAAGACUGCAACUUUCUCGGUCUCUAUUCUUCAGAGAAUCGACCACGAGGAUCCACACGUGCAAGCUCUCGUUAUGGCCCCAACCAGAGAAUUGGCUCAACAGAUCCAAAAGGUCAUGAGCGCCCUCGGAGAGUACCUCAACGUUAACAUUCUUCCAUGUAUCGGUGGAACCAGUGUUCGCGACGAUCAACGAAAACUCGAAGCCGGAAUUCACGUCGUUGUCGGAACUCCAGGACGUGUUGGAGACAUGAUCAAUAGAAAUGCUCUUGACACAUCCAGAAUUAAGAUGUUCGUUCUCGACGAGGCCGACGAAAUGCUUUCUAGAGGUUUCAAGGAUCAGAUCUACGAGGUUUUCCGUUCCAUGCCACAAGACGUUCAAGUAGUCCUUCUUUCGGCUACUAUGCCAUCUGAAGUUCUUGAUGUCACUAAUCGUUUCAUGCGCAAUCCAAUCCGCAUUCUUGUCAAGAAGGACGAGCUCACCCUUGAAGGUAUCAGACAGUUCUACAUCAACGUUCAAAAGGAUGAGUGGAAGUUUGACUGCCUCUGUGAUCUCUACAACGUUGUCAAUGUUACUCAAGCCGUCAUCUUCUGUAACACUCGCAGGAAGGUCGACACACUCACCGAGAAAAUGACUGAAAAUCAGUUCACAGUCUCUUGCCUCCACGGAGACAUGGAUCAAGCUGAGCGUGAUACAAUUAUGCGAGAGUUCCGUUCAGGAUCUUCCCGUGUUCUCAUCACCACAGACAUCUUGGCUCGUGGUAUUGACGUACAACAGGUCUCACUUGUUAUCAACUAUGAUCUCCCAUCCAAUCGUGAGAACUACAUCCAUCGUAUCGGACGUUCUGGACGUUUCGGUCGUAAGGGAGUUGCCAUCAACUUCGUCACCGAGAACGAUGCUCGUCAGCUCAAGGAAAUUGAAAGCUACUACACCACUCAAAUCGAAGAGAUGCCAGAAUCAAUCGCUGACCUCAUCUAAAUUUUAAUCCAAUUCCGAUCCCCUCCACGAUUGUUCCACACGCUUUUCCCUUCCUCUUGUUUCCUCAUAUUUAUCCAUGUUAUCUGUUUUCUCCUCCACCCCCACCGUCCCACAUUUUUAUUUUAUGCGUGAUUUCAUCUUUUUAAUCACCCCUUUUUAGUACUGGCCCUAUCCCAUCCAACUUGGUUCAAACAUUCUAAUUCUCUUUCAAUUUAGAGUUUAGUAUUGCCCCCUAAAAGUUAUAGAGCCACCUUGGUUUUGUUUGACAAAAUGUUUUUGUCUGGCGUUCUCUUUUUCUGGAAAAUAAUGAAAUUGCGUAUGUUACAUUCAUUUUAAAUCUUAUGAACAGGCUUCUGAUCCUUUCAGAA